GAGUCUGCUCAGAGUAUUUGAACCAAUAGUAAAAUAGUUGAAAACUUUCAAUGUUAGACCAAAACAACAUGGCGGAUAUUUAUUUCUACCAAGAAGACCCGGAUGACGAUUCUGAAAAUACGUUUAGUGAUGGUUAUGGAGGCAGUAAUCCGGACGCGGGGCUCACGCCCGUCGCGAAAAUGGAGAAAUACGCAUCUUCAGACAACAUUUUUAACAGGCAAAUGGUCGCAAGAACGGUGCUGGAGACAUUGAGGCAGGUUACCGAUGUGGUGGAGGACACCCAGUCCGUCUUCAUGAUCCUGGCUAGACUAGGACAAGAUGUUG